CACCCAGACCAACCAUAACAGCACUCGUCCAGUCCCACCGUGGAUCAAGCCCAAAACACAAUCCGUGGAGGAUAACAUUACGGUUCUGUUCAACUCAAAGUUGACAACGAUGCUCGAGAGACAUUUGGAAACCAUCACUUUCACUAUCAAUAACGAACAAGAAAACAACCACACUGAAGACACGACGCUUACAGUGGAUAUGGUCAUCCCAAAACCUCAUUCAGACCCUAAUGUUACGUUGAAACAAGACCUCAUUUUUGUUUAUGUGAAUCAAAGACCCAUUCAUCACGCUCAAUCUGAAUUGACAGACGUAAUCUCUUUGAUUAAAACACGUUAUAAACAGCAUCUAGGUUUGGAAAAAGGUCUCACCAAGAAGAGUCCUUUCAUCUAUCUGGAUAUACAACUAUCGCCUGCUCAAUAUGAUGGUAAAAUUGAAUACGACCUGGAAAAAAGGGGCAUGCGUCCAAAGUGCUAACCAGUGAUUUUUACUACGAACGGCUAGUCAAUGUGGAGCCAGAUAAAUCAACCGUCUUUUUCCACAACAAAAGCACAAUCUAUCAACUCGUUCAAAAAAUAGUAGAUACGGUCUAUCCCCUUCCUGUAUUCAACCAACAACAAA